CGAACGAUCAUUUGUUAGACAGGAAGUCUAAACUAAACUCAUACAUUUUACAUGUGGUGUUGUAUUAUACAGUGGAGUGUGUAGAGAUAUUACCGGUAUACACAGACACACCAAUCCAACUUCAAUAUAAUCAGACAGACUCCACCAUCAUCAUAUUGCGAACUUCUUACAAAAAAAAAUUUUAUUUUAUUUAAAAUUGUGUGUUUAGAAUCGAACAAAAAUAAAUAAUUGUACAAAAAUGCAUCCGGAUACAAUGCAAUUAAUACAAAUACUGGAAAAAACAAUAUCACUUGAUAAAAAUGAAUUGGAGGCAGCACAAAAUUUUUUGGAACAAGCAGCUACAACAAAUUUACCAGAAUUCUUAAAAACAUUAUCAGAUAUAUUACGACAUGGUGGGAAUAGUCAAGUAGCACGAAUGGCUGCUGGUCUACAGCUUAAAAAUCAAUUAACAUCAAAAGAUCCAGCUACAAAACAGUUGUAUCAGGAUCGAUGGCGUGCUAUACCUGAAGAUUCUCGAAGUUAUAUUAAAAAGAAUAUUGUUGGUGCAUUAGGAACAGAAUCAAACCGACCUAGUUCAGCUGCACAAUGUGUUGCCUAUGUUGCUGUUGCCGAAUUACCAGCCGGACAAUGGACCGAUUUAAUCAAUACCUUAGUAAACAAUGUUGUAAAUGCUGCCUCAACGGAAAUGCAAAAAGAAUCAACAUUGGAAGCAAUCGGUUAUAUUUGUCAAGAAAUCGAUUCCGAUGUACUUGUCCAACAAUCGAAUGCAAUAUUAACAGCAAUAAUACAUGGUAUGCGUAGCUCCGAGCCAUCAAAUCAUGUACGUUUAGCUGCCACCGAAGCUUUACUCAAUUCAUUAGAAUUCACAAAAGCAAAUUUCGAAAAAGAUUCUGAACGAAAUUUUAUUAUGGAAGUUGUUUGCGAAGCUACACAAUCCACAGAUACUCAAAUCGCUGUUGCUGCGUUGCAAUGUUUAGUUAAAAUAUUAUCACUAUACUAUCAAUAUAUGGAACCGUAUAUGGCACAAGCAUUGUUCCCCAUUACUUUGGACGCAAUGAAUUCGGAAAAUGAUGCUGUGGCAUUACAAGGUAUCGAAUUUUGGUCUAAUGUCAGUGAUGAAGAAGUUGAUUUAGCUAUUGAAGAUGCUGAAGCGGCAGAAGCUGGGCGACCACCACAACGCGUCAGUCGUCAUUAUGCACGCGGUGCGUUGCAAUAUUUAGCACCAGUUCUCAUGCAAAAGUUAACCAAACAAGAAGAAUUAGAUGAUGAAGAUACAUGGAAUCCAUCUAAAGCUGCAGGUGUUUGCUUAAUGUUGUUGGCUACUUGCUGUGAAGAUGAAAUUGUUCCCCACGUCUUACCCUUCGUUAAAGAUAAUAUUAAAUCAGAUAAUUGGCGUUAUCGAGAUGCUGCACUUAUGGCAUUCGGCUCAAUCAUUGGUGGUUUAGAUCCAAAUACGCUUAAACCUUUGGUAGAACAAGCCAUGCCUACACUUAUCGGUUUAAUGUACGAUAAUUGUGUUAUCGUACGUGACACCGCAGCAUGGACAUUUGGUCGUAUUUGUGAAAUUGUUCCCGAAGCAGCAAUUAAUGAUGCAUACUUCAAACCAUUAUUAGAAAGUUUAAUUAACGGCUUAAAAGCUGAACCACGUGUUGCAGCAAAUGUAUGUUGGGCUUUUAGUGGCUUAGCAGAAGCUGCUUACGAAGCUGCCGAAUCUACCAGUGGAGGUGGAGAAGAUUCAAAUUCCAAUCAACCAGAAACGUAUUGCCUCUCACAAUACUUCGAAUAUAUUAUCCAACGCUUAUUAGAGACCACAGAUCGUGCAGAUGGUGCCCAAGCUAAUUUACGCGGUGCCGCUUAUGAAGCGCUUAUGGAAAUGGUUAAAAAUUCACCCAAAGAUUGUUAUGUUACAGUGCAAAAAACUACCAUGGUUAUUUUGGAACGUUUACAACAAGUCCUCCAAAUGGAAUCACAUAUCACGUCUCACAACGAUCGAUCACAAUUUAAUGACCUCCAAUCGUUACUUUGCGCUACAUUACAAUCAGUUUUACGAAAAGUUACUCCACAGGACGCUCCACAAAUAUCUGAUGCGAUUAUGGGUGCAAUGUUAACGAUGUUCAAUUCAAAUACUUCUAAAGCUGCUGGCAGCGUACAAGAAGAUGCUUUAAUGGCGGUAUCAACAUUGGUUGAUGUUUUAGGGGAAGGAUUUUUGAAAUAUAUGGAUGCAUUCCGACCAUAUUUAUAUAUGGGAUUAAAAAAUCAUCAAGAAUAUCAAGUCUGUGGAGCGGCUGUAGGCUUAACUGGAGAUAUAAUACGAUCGUUAAAAAUAAAAGCGUUGCCAUAUUGUGACGAGAUUAUGACUUUACUUUUGGAAAACUUAUCGAAUCAAACUGUACAUCGAAGUGUAAAACCGCAAAUUUUAUCAGUGUUUGGAGAUAUGGCUUUAUCGAUUGGUACAGAGUUCAAAAAAUAUUUGGAUAUUGUGCUAACGACGUUAUCGCAAGCUUCACAAGCUCAAGUUGACCAUUCCGAUUACGAUAUGAUUGAUUACUUAAAUGAAUUACGUGAAGGUGUCCUGGAAGCGUAUACAGGAAUUGUUCAGGGUUUAAAAGGAGACGGUCCUCAACCGUUACCCGAUAUCCAACUUUUGGAACAACAUAUUCCAUUUAUUGUACGAUUUUUGAUUGUGGUGGCUCGGGAUCAAGAUCAUACCGAUAGUAUUAUUGGUAUUGCUGCAGGUUUAGUCGGCGAUUUAUGUGCAUCAUUUGGUACAGCAAUGUUACCAUUACUCGAUGUAGAUGCUAUCCAACAAAUGUUAACCGAUGGACGGCGUAGUAGGAUACAACGUACAAAAGCAUUAGCUACAUGGGCUACAAAGGAGUUACGUAAAUUAAAAGCAGCGGCUGGUGGAGCACCUGGUAAUACAACGGCCCCGGGUGUACAUGCAGCACUUACGGCGAAUAAUAUAUCAGCAGCGGCUGCACCUUCAGUAAAUAAUAUGGCUGGACAAACACCGACGGCUAGCUGAUUUGAUAUAUUAAUUACUACAAAUCCAACAUUAAUUAUUAAUUAAAAAAUAUUAAGAUACAACAUCAAAACAAAAAUUUAUUUUUUAAAACAAAAACCUUUAAAAAAAAAUACAAAAAAAAAGAGAGAUACAAAAUAUUGCGAAAAGAGAGUAAACGAAUUUAUAAGAAUGAUUGAUGAUGAAAAUAAAAUAUUAAAGCAAGUUACGCGAAUUAUUAAAAUGAGAUGAAUAAAUGAAUAUAUAUGAAGUGUGAUGAACAAAGAUGAAACUUUCCAAGAUGUUGCUGAGAUGACUCUGGAUGGAUGUGGAAGAGAGUUGUGAUAAUUAUUUUUGUAUGCCUGGUGCGCGUUCUGGAAUUUAACACACACAAAAUUUUCAAAAUAAAAUUAGUGAUCUUCUGGUGGGAGUUGAAAAAAAAACUAGAAACAUACAAGUGAUGGUGUGAGUGUUUUCCACAAAAAUGGUUUAUUUUUAAACAAGUGUUUUCUUUUUUCUUUUUUAAUUAAAAAAAAAUUUUUAUUCGAAAUUUUCAAGGUUACGUUUACAUCAUGUUUGAAAUUAUUGGUAUGUAAAAAAUACAUUUUGUUAGAAAAUUGUAAAUUUCCCCUUCGUCCUUCCAACGAUUAAUGUAAGCGUAUAAUUUAAGUUUAAAGCAAAUUUUAAAAAUUUAACAUACCUUAAAAUUAAUUUUGAUAAGGAACUUAUAAGGUAUGUUUACGUAUGGUUAUACCUAGUCCAAACAAGAAAUCAUGGAGGUUAGAGAGAAGGAGAACGAUCGCUGUAGGAAAUAGUGUCCCAAAAAUACGGUCAAAAUAAGUGACGCGCUGCGAUCGCUAAGUUAUCUUAAUAAAAGCGGGCUGUUGUUAAAUUUGUACAUUAUGCAAAUAACUUUAUAUACUUAUACUCAUAAACAGCUAAUUUCGCAGAUACUACUUACCAACGACAGCGCGGCUGGUGGCUGAAAAAUGAACAAUAAAUUCUACAAAUUUUCAGGGACAGACGCGCUAAUGCUUUAGCGCGUAGCGAUCUUUCUCCUUCUCUCUAACCUCCAUGCAAGAAAUGAUGUUUUUUAAAUUUAAUUUUACAUAAAGUGCUUGCGCUCGAUUCAUCAACCUUAAAAGAAACGUCUUUAAAUUUUAACUAACCAUUUCUGAUUAAUUUUAAACACAAAUUUAUCGUUUUAUCACAUGACUAGGUGUAAUCGUUCCCUCUUUCAUUUUCCCUUAUCCUGUUAUGUAUUAUGUAAAUUAUCAUGUACUGU